AUGGAGUGGUUUUCAGUAAAGGGAAAAUCAAGCUUAUUUUGCUUUACACAAAUUAUAGACAAGAAAUUUUAUAUUGAAAUUGUAUGCAAACACCUUCCUAAAGUAAAAAAAAUGUUUGAUAAAUAUUGGCGUUGGCAACAAGAUAAUGACCCAAAACAUACAAGCAAAUUUGCUAAAGCAUUUCUUUUAGAAAAUGUUUCUGAACUUAUGAACUGGCCAUCGAACAGUUCUGAUUUAAACCCUAUCGAAAAUUUGUGGUGCAUUGUAAAAAAUAAUGUGGAAAAAUGUAUGCCAUAUAAUUUGCAAGAAUUAGAGCGGUAUAUAAAAGAGGAAUGUAAUAAAAUUUCAAAUUCAGUUUUAGUUAGUUUAGUAGAAUCAAUAAGGCAACGAUGUGAAUUAGUAAUUGAAAAUAAUGGUGAACGAAUAUCAUUUUAA